AUGGAAAAUCAGCCCCGAAGAGAAGUUGGGUUGAACUUGAAUGAUAUUGUUGGUGAUCCGGGAAAACGCAAGCCAAUUGAAGAGUUCGAUGUUUCAAUUCGAGAUAGAGUGCGAAGAGAGUACUUGAAUAUUGGCCCUUGUCAGCCAAUUGGACAUAAGUAUGAAAAAAAGAAAUAUGGUAAUCAAGAAAGAAGUUUUCAAGAUAUUUGGUUUAAAAGGUAUACAUGGUUAGAGUAUAGUGUAUCAAAGGAUGCAACUUUUUGCUUUUGGUGCUACCUUUUCAAGAAAUCGGAUAAAGGGGGUCGACAAUCAAAUGAUGCUUUUACAAAGACAGGUUGUAGCAACUGGAAAAAUGCAUUAGAAAGAUUCAAUUAUCAUGUUGGAGGCGUGAAUAGUUGUCAUAAUAAUGCUAGAAUUCAGUUCGAAGCUUUUCAAGAUCAAAGGAACAGUGUGGCAAGUAUAUUACGGUCAAAUACCCGUGAGAUGGAAGUUGCAUAUCGCAUUCGGUUGACAGUCUCAUUGAAUGUGACUCGGUUUCUCUUAAAGCAAGGAUUAUCUUUUCGUGGACAUGAUGAGUCAAGUAGUUCUUCAAAUCGAGGUAAUUUUAUUGAGUUGCUUUUAUGGUUUAGUGAACUUAACGAUGAUGUAUCCAAAACUUUGUUUGCAAAUGCUCCUGCUAACAAUCAAAUGAAUUCACCACGAAUUCAAAAGGAAUUAGCAAACGCUUGUGCUUCAGAGGUUACACUUGCCAUAGUUAAUGAUAUUGGAGAUAAAGUUUUCACUCUUUUGGUUGAUGAGGCUCGAGACGUUUCAAUGAAGGAGCAGAUGGGAGUUGUUUUAAGAUAUGUGAAUAACGAAGGAUAUGUGAUUGAGCGAUUUAUUGGAAUCGUGCAUGUAACUGACACUUCCUCUCAUACUUUGAAAUGUGCUAUUGAUGAUUUAUUGGUGAAGCAUAAUUUAUCUCUAUCUAAAGUGAGAGAGCAAGGAUAUGAUGGAGCUUCUAAUAUGAGGGAUGAGUUUAAUGGAUUGAAAUCCUUAAUAUUGCAAGAAAAUCCAUAUGCCAUGUAUAUUCAUUGUUUCUCUCAUCAACUCCAACUAAUUAUUGUUGCGGUUGCCAAGGGUAUUAGAGUUGUGAAGGAUGUUUUUAGCUAUGUCUCCAUGAUUGUGAAUAUGGUCGGGGCAUCUUGUAAGAGAAAAGACCAACUUAGGCAGUUGCAACAUGACAGAUUAGUUGAACAACUUAAUGAUGGAGAAGUCAUAAGUGGAAGAGGUAAAAAUCAAGAAACUAGUUUGGUAAUGCCUGGAGAUACUCGUUGGGGCUCACAUUACUUUACAUUGCUUCGUCUAUGCUCUAUGUGGUCUUCGGUUGAGAAAGUGUUGGAAGUUGUACGUGACGAUGCUACUCUCCGUGAUAACAGAAGUACCACUGAAGGAUUGAUUGAAAGGAUGAAUAACUAUGAGUUUGUUUUCACUUUGCAUUUGAUGAAACAUUUAUUGGGAAUAACCAAUGAAUUAUCCAUUGCCUUGCAAAAGAAAGAUCAAAAUAUUAUUCAAGCCAUAUCAUUGAUCCAAAGUGUGAAACAUCAGUUGCAAAGUUUUAGAGAGAAUGGAUGGGAAGACAUACAUGAUCAAGCAACAAAGUUUUGUGAAUUGCAUAAUAUUUCACAAGUUGAUAUGGAUGAAAUUAUACCACGCCGUGGUUAUAAGAAGUAUGGAGCAGAGUUGAUCACGAAUUUGCAUCAUUAUCGUGUAGAGAUUUUUAAUCAGCUUCCACUUCAACUUAGUAAUUUUAUUGCUAAUGUACGAUGUGAUCCUCAAUUUGCUGCCUUAAGCAACUUAGGAGACGUUGCUACGGAAAUGGUCAAAAGUGGUAAACAUUUGGUUUUUCCGUUGGUUUAUCGGAUUAUUGAGUUGGCAUUGGUUUUACCUGUUGCUACUGCUUCUGUUGAGAGAGCAUUUUCUGCAAUGAAGACCAUCAAGACUGACUUGCGAAAUCGGAUGGGAGAUGAGUGGAUGAAUGAUAGUUUGAUUGUGUACAUUGAGAAGGACCUGUUUUCAAUGAUUGAUAAUGAAAAAAUCUUGCAACGUUUUCAAUCGAUGAGAACACGUAGAAUUCAGUUGCCAUCGCUUUAG